CCAGACCUGCAGGCAACAGCGAGUCCUCACACGGUGCAGCCUGACCUCUUCUCCUCAUCACACUCUGGAAUUGAAGGAGCUGCCUUGGAGCCCUUGAUGGGACCCCCCAUGGAGCUGCCAGGGACCAGCUGGGUGCUCCUUGCAGGGCUGCUGGUGCCUUUGGCACAAGCUGCAGAAGUGGGGGAACCCCUCGAGAGAAAAGUCACUGCUGUGGGAUCCUCAGUGCUGCUCCCUGGGCCAGAAGAUACCAGCCACAUCUACUCCCUGCAGUGGGAGCACCUCAACAGCACCAACUCCAGCUCCACCACCAUCCUGCAGUACUACAGGAGGUCUCCCAGCACAGCCAUCCACCCACCCUACACAGGACGAGCCCUUUUCCACCCAUCCAAUGGAUCCCUCUGGCUGGAGGGUGUGCAGGAGAGUGACAGUGGCAUCUACAAAGUGACUGUCAACAUGAGAGCCAAGGAGAGCCAGGAGAUCCUGUUGGAAGUCCUCAAGCCUGUGGCUCGCCCUCGGCUCCAGAGCAGCCCUCUCGUGGCCCAGGCUGCCGGCGAGGUGCUCUGUGAGGUGGCAGAGGGCAAGGUGGACACCAUCACCUGGAAGAAGGAUGGGCAGCUCCUUCCCCCAGACAGAGCUCUCCACCACUCCAGCAGGCUCAGUGUUUUGUACCUGAGGUCAGCAAAGCAAUCAGACUGUGGCUGCUACUCCUGCAACGUCAGCAACGGCGUAAGCUGGGCAGAAGCCUCCCUGAACAUCACUGUUGCAGGUGAUUGCUGCUGGGGUCUCACUUCCCAGCACUCUUCCUUCUCUCCACCCAUCCCUGGGGUCUCACCUCCCAUCCCUCUUCCUUCUCUCCACCCAUCCUUGGGGGUGGUGGUGAGCAGGGUGCAGGCAAGCAGCGGUGGCCAGGAAGCCCAGGGGCAGCAUGCAUCCCAGGCUGGCCACUUCGUGGACCACAGCACGCAGCAGAAAGCGCUGCUUUGGCCACAAACUGAAUCCCUCCUGGAGAUGGAGGCACCUCACAGCCCACCAGAGCCACUCCUGCUGGUGGCCUGA